AUGACACAAACUAGGGAUCAUGGCCAUAGCCACGGCCCCGGUCACCACCACGACAAUACCUACCUCACUUCCACAAACAAACGCGACGCUGGUGUUCGCAUCACACGGAUUGGUCUCGUUGCUAAUCUGUGCAUGGCCAUUGGAAAAUUCGUUGGUGGCUAUGUCUUUCACUCUCAAUCCCUCAUCGCCGACGCAUACCACGCGCUCACCGAUCUUGUCUCCGACUUUUUGACGCUGGGAACUGUCGCCUGGUCUCUGAAGCCCCCGAGCGAACGAUUCCCCAAUGGAUAUGGAAAAAUCGAGAGCAUCGGUGCGCUAGGAGUUAGUGGGCUCCUGCUCUGUGGAGGAGUGUUCAUGGGUCUCAACGCGGGACAGGUCCUACUAGCUCAUUUCUACCCCGAGGUGGCUGAAACAGUAGCUCACUCCGGGAUUUUGGGACAUGGUCAUUCGCACAGUCAUGGGCCAAUCGGUCCUAGCAUCCACGCAGCGUGGAUCGCAGGAGGUUCGAUUGUGGUCAAGGAGUGGCUUUACCGUGCUACCAUGAAGGUUGCCAAAGAGCGCAAGUCCUCCGUGCUUGCAUCUAACGCCGUUCACCACCGCGUCGACUCCCUAACGAGUAUCGUCGCCCUUGUCACAAUCGGAGGAAGCUAUGUCUUCCAAGACGCCACCUGGCUGGAUCCAGUUGGCGGGGUCCUGAUCUCCUUGAUGGUCAUCAAAGCCGGUUGGGGCAACACAUGUACCUCCCUUUUAGAGUUGGCGGAUACUACGGUUGAUGAGGAAGUCCGACACUCCGUGGAGGAUGCUGCCUCCUUGGCAUUGAAGGAUAUCCAGGAUGGACACGAGGUGAUCGUUCGGGAUGUGCAGGGCCUGAAAUCCGGCCAAAACUACCUAAUGGACAUUGAGUUGGCUGUGCCGGGGGCCUGGCCUAUUAGUCGGUCACAACACAUUGAAGAGGUCGUUCGCCACGCCGUUGGAUCUGGAGUUCGUGGCGUGAAGCGCAUCAAGGUCCGCUUUAUUCCUGCGGAACAUCAGGACCUCACGUUCUCGGAUGAGUUUGUUGCACAAGAUGUUAGUGGUGAUCCAGAGACACUCCAAGAUACCCGGAAGCGGCAAUAG